UUAAAGUAAAUUUAAAAAAAAAAUUCCAGAAAAAAAAAAAACCAUAGAAUUGUUGAAUUUUUAGUCCGUAAAAAAGAGAGAAUGACUCAGAGUUAUGUAGUAUGAAAAUGGGGGUAAAGAACGUCAGACACAAAAGACCGCUGGUUCCGUAUUAUGAAAUCUAGGGGGUUGUAGUUAGCGUCUGGUCAAACGCAGCUGUCUGUUACUGCAGUUGAACUCGCACGUGUCAAAAUUACUUUAGUGUCUAAAUAAAAUUAUCAAAUUAAAACCAAAAACAGAAGCUUUUUUCACAUUGUGGAUCAGAUAUCAAGUCAAUGACCAAAUAGAUUAACAAAAAAAUAAAGUAACUUCGGUGGAUAAGAGAUAAGAAGAGUGAAUGAAUUAAAACUAGCCGUAAUUGGAGUGAAAUAGUUUGACGACUCGACCUCAGCGUCGGGGUUAUUAACUUUUAUUAACUCUAAUAAAUAGUUUUAAAUUACACUCUUAGUAAUAUACGAAGUCUUCUCAGUAAAGUUCAUUUGAUAACUCGUCUUCGUAACUAGUGCACCGAUAAUUUAUACGCAUACGUUUUUACUACUAAAUACACUAUAUCAAUACACAAAGUUAUUUAUAAUGACACGAGAUAAUAUUUUUGAUAAAAUGGGCUUGCGAAAGACCGAUGAAGAACAGCAAUUAUUAUUUUAUUCGACUUUAACAGUUGAAGAAAAAGCGCGUAUGCAUCCUUGUACCAAAGCGACUUGUGUGAUGAUGUCCGGGGACUCACCAGGACUGGACUCGCGAUCGAUACCGGCAAGUUACGAUUUACCUGACGACGCACGUCCUGGAGAAUUACCACCGGUUAUUCCGUUAAGUUCAACCGGUAAAUUAAGUCACUCAAACCAUGACACCGACAACGAGACCAUUGAAGAAGUAACGACAAUUGUGAAAAAAACGCUGCCCAGUCCGGAACCACGGCCGAAAAUCUACCAGAAAAAUGGCAUCGACAGUGAUAACAAUAAUAAAUUAAAAUUGGAGAACAAAUUUGCUGAAAAUAAUAAAGAAGACAACGAUGCAUGCGUUAAUUGUCUUUACUAUACUCAACAGUUUUGCGAGUGUGUAAUACUAUGAGCGGUAAAUUGUAAAUUGUAUGUUAUAUUUUACUAUAUUAUGUAUUAAAUAUCUAAUGAGUAAUUAUUAUUAUUAU